AUGGCAAAUAAAGAAUACGCAAUAGGAAUUGAUUUAGGAACAACUAACUCAUGUAUGUCUAUAAUGCAGAAUGGAAAGGCUGAAAUAAUUAUUAACAGGGCUGGAGGUAGAACAACCCCAUCCAUAGUUGCUUUCACAGACAACGAGGUACUUAUUGGAGAGUCAGCAGCUAACAAUGCAAGAAACGACCCAGCAAACACAGUUUAUGAUGCAAAGAGACUUAUUGGUCUCAAAUUUAAUGACCCAAAUGUACAGAAGGACAUUACCCACUGGCCAUUCACGGUUACUACUAAGGGAAAUGAGAACAAACCAAUUAUCAAGGUAACUCACAAGGGAAAGACCAGCGAGUACUACCCAGAGCAGGUAAGUUCUUUAGUUCUUUCAUACUUAAAGAACUGUGCAGAGGAGUAUCUUGGUGGAAAAGUAGGCAAGGCUGUUAUAACAGUCCCAGCAUACUUCAAGAAUGACCAAAGAGAGCUGACCAAGGAGGCAGGUAAGAUGGCAGGAUUAGAAGUGCUCAGAAUCAUUAAUGAGCCAACUGCAGCUGCCGUUGCGUACGGUAUGGACCAGGCCACAGAUGACAAAGAGAAGACAAUCCUUGUCUUUGACUUUGGAGGUGGUACAUUCGAUGUGUCCAUUCUGACUGUAGAGAAGGGAUUAUUUGAGGUUAAGGCCACUGGAGGAGACACCCACUUGGGAGGAUCCGACUUAGACCACACUCUUGCCAAGCAGAUCGCAGAUACAUUUGCCAAGGACAACAAUAUUGAGUCAUCAAACAUUUCAGCAAGAGCACUGGCUAGAUUAAGAGCACAGAUUGAGAACGCAAAGAGAACUCUUUCUUCUUCUUUAUCUGUCCAGGUCAUUGUUGAUUCAUUCCACAAGGGAAUAGAUCUAUGCCACACCCUCACAAGAGCCAAGUUUGAAGUUCUGUGCAAGGUCUUCUUUGACAAGCUUAUGCCAUGUGUUGAAAAGACCAUCUCUGACGCAAAGCUUUCAAAGAGAGAGAUUGAUGAGGUUAUCCUGGUUGGAGGAUCCACAAGAAUUCCAAAGGUCCAGAAGAUGCUUUCUGACUUCUUUGAUGGAAAGGCCCUCAACAAGAGUGUCCACCCAGAUGAGGCAGUAGCACAGGGAGCAGCUAUCCAGGCAGCAGUUCUUAACGGAGAGACUCUUGAAGGAAACAACGAGCUUCUUCUUCUUGAUGUCAUUCCUCUGUCCAUUGGUAUUGAGACUGCAGGAGGAGUCUUCACUCCAAUUGUGCCAAAGAACACUACUAUCCCAACCACAAAGACCCAGACAUUCAGUACAUACUCUGACAACCAGACCGCUGUAUCUAUUGUGAUCUUUGAAGGAGAGAGAGCCAUGGUAGCAGACAACCACAAGCUUGGGGAGUUCCAUCUCAGUGGAAUCCCACCCGCACCAAGAGGAGAGCCAAAGAUUGUUGUCAAGUGUAACAUUGACUCCAACGGUAUCCUUUCCGUCUCUGCCAGUGAAUCUUCAUCAGGAAGUGAGCAGGCAAUCACCAUUGACAAGGAAAAAACCAUCAGCGAACAGGAUGAAAUCAAGAGAAUGCAGGAAGAGGCAGUUCAGUUCCAGGAGCAGGAUGAGAAGAACAGAGCUAUUAUCACAGCAUACACCGAAGUAGACACAUACCUCUACACAGUUAGAGAGAUGUUCAAGAAGCUCGAUGCAUCAGUCCAGGCCGAGGCACUUGCAAAGGUUGCAGAUGGAGAAACAUGGAUCAAGGCUGUCCCAUCUGCACUUAACAGAACUGUUGAGGAGUACACCGAGAAGAAGAAGGCUCUUGAGGCAGAGUUUGCCCCAUACCUUUCUAAACUCUCUGGAGGAAAUGCAGGAGCAAGCGCAAGCGGACCAACUGUUGAAGAAGUUAACUAAGUUAUCUAUUAUUUAGAUUAAUAAAUCC